CGCCCGGCCCUGCCUGGCCGCCGUGAGUCCCGCCUCAGCCGGCGCCCGUACCCUGACCGCCGCAGCACCAUGUCCGGCUCCGGCAGGAAAGACUUCGACGUGAAGCACAUCCUGCGCCUCCGCUGGAAACUGUUCAGCCACCCCUCGCCGGUGGGCGGCCCGGCGGGGGGCGGCUGCCUGCCACCCGACAGCAGCUUCGAGCACUGGGGGCCCAGCCAAAGCCGCCUGCUGAAGAGCCAGGAGAGAGGCAACAGCAUCUUCUGGAAGAAAUCCACCUCCUCCGCCUCCUCCUCCACUGCUACCACCGCCAGCCCGCCCAACGGGACACUGCUGUCCGCCUCUAGCCCCGGCGGGGGGCACGGGCUAGGGCACGGGCACGGGCCGGGGCCGCCGGCGCCCCGCACUGUCUUCUACGUGGAGUCCCUGGAGAAGGAGGGUGUGCCCGGCGGGAUGGAGGUGGCUCGGGAGCCCGAGAAGCCCCUGGCGCCGCCGGAGCGGGAGGAGGCGCCGGAGGAAUGCGCGGAUGGAGGCAGCCGGGCAACAGGUGAUGGAGGCGGACACAGACUGUCAGGAUCCAGCCACCCCUUGCCACCCCAUUGUGACAUGGAUUCAUGUAGCUCUGAGGAAUUCUACCAAGCUGUUCACCAUGCAGAGCAAACCUUCAGAAAGAUGGAGAGCUAUCUGAAGCAGCAGCAACUCUGUGACGUUAUCCUCAUUGCUGGGAAUCGCAAAAUACCUGCACAUAGACUUGUCCUUAGUUCUGUCUCUGACUACUUUGCUGCCAUGUUUACAAGUGAUGUUUGUGAAGCCAAGCAGGAAGAGAUCAAAAUGGAAGGCAUAGAUCCCAAUGCACUGUGGGAUCUUGUCCAGUUUGCAUAUACAGGCUGCCUGGAACUGAAAGAAGAUACCAUUGAAAAUCUUCUAGCAGCUGCCUGCCUCCUCCAGCUCCCACAAGUAGUAGAGGUUUGCUGCCAUUUUCUAAUGAAGCUUUUGCACCCAUCCAACUGUUUGGGAAUACGAGCAUUUGCUGAUGCGCAAGGAUGUACAGAGCUUAUGAAGGUGGCUCACAACUACACCAUGGAGAAUAUAAUGGAAGUUACAAGAAAUCAAGAAUUUUUGCUUUUACCAGCUGAAGAACUCCAUAAACUUCUUGCUAGUGAUGAUGUGAACGUUCCUGAUGAAGAGACCAUUUUCCAUGCCUUAAUGAUGUGGGUGAAAUAUGAUAUGCAGAGGCGAUGCAAUGACCUAAGUAUGCUACUUGGUUAUAUCAGAUUACCACUGCUUCCACCUCAGAUAUUGGCUGACCUAGAAAACCAUGCGCUUUUUAAGGAUGACCUAGAAUGCCAGAAGCUUAUUCUGGAAGCCAUGAAAUACCACCUUUUACCAGAGAGAAGAACUCUCAUGCAAAGUCCAAGAACUAAACCUAGAAAAUCUACAGUUGGGACACUUUAUGCUGUUGGAGGAAUGGAUAACAACAAAGGUGCUACAACUAUUGAAAAGUAUGAUCUCAGAACAAACAUCUGGAUUCAGGCUGGAGUGAUGAAUGGCAGGAGGCUUCAGUUUGGUGUUGCCGUCAUUGAUGACAAGCUGUUUGUCAUUGGAGGCCGUGAUGGUUUAAAGACAUUAAACACUGUUGAAUGUUACAAUCCAAAGACCAAGGCUUGGACUGUGUUACCACCAAUGUCAACACAUAGGCAUGGCUUAGGAGUUACAGUGCUUGAAGGGCCUAUAUAUGCAGUAGGAGGACAUGAUGGUUGGAGUUAUUUGAAUACGGUUGAGAGGUGGGAUCCUCAAAGUCAGCAGUGGACAUUUGUGGCAAGUAUGUCAAUUGCCAGAAGCACUGUUGGAGUAGCAGCAUUAAAUGGCAAGCUAUAUUCAGUUGGAGGUCGGGAUGGAAGUUCGUGUUUGAGUUCAAUGGAAUAUUAUGACCCUCACACAAAUAAAUGGAAUAUGUGUGCUCCUAUGUGUAAGAGAAGAGGAGGUGUAGGAGUAGCAACAUGUGAAGGCUUUCUUUAUGCAGUUGGAGGCCAUGAUGCUCCUGCUUCUAACCAUUGUUCCCGACUGCUGGACUAUGUAGAAAGGUAUGAUCCAAAAACUGAUACAUGGACAAUGGUGGCUCCACUGAGUAUGCCUCGAGAUGCUGUUGGUGUCUGUCUCCUUGGUGACAAAUUAUAUGCAGUAGGUGGCUACGAUGGUCAAACAUACCUGAACACUAUGGAAGCCUAUGACCCUCAAACUAAUGAAUGGACACGGAUGGCUUCCUUAAAUAUUGGAAGAGCUGGCGCCUGUGUUGUAGUCAUCAAACAACCAUGACUUCGAUCAGCACUGCUUAGGGCUUUACAGACUGUGAAAUGAUUAUUUUUCUAUCAGACAACAAGAAUUACUACUUCAUGAGAACAAGGAUUCACACAGUGGAUACUCUGUUGAUCACAAACUUGAAAAAGUUUGGAAGUAAGAAAGAUUAAGUAUUUAUGCCCUAUAAAAUCAUAAAAGCUGUUCACAGUCAGUGAACAAGAAAAAAAAUCCCAGGCUGUUGUAGGCAUGAAUAUGUGAGCAUGGGGUAGUAAGUUUGGGUACUGUUCUCAUGAAUGUGUCCUGGAGAACUGGAUAACCAAGGGACAGCUCUAAGCAAGGAGCAUGAGGGAAUAUGAGAACAGUUUUCCUGGCUUCAAGAGUUUUAACUGCAGAAACAUUAAAGUACAUUUAAUCACUUUUAAACUGUGCUUUUUAAAGAGGAAAGUAGAUAUUAACUUAAAAAAGAAAUCUGUCUAGGUCUUGUCUUCAGAUGGAUUAUGGUGUUCUCAUUUAAACAAGUGGUUUGGUUCUCACUAAAGUGAGGAGGUAGAAAAGUCUAGAUAUUCAAGUUUCAUAGUGACUGAAGUGUUACUCUACUGUAGGAAGAAAAACAAAACUAAAAGUAAACCUCCAAGACUACUUCUUGUUAUAACUUUGAAUUGUAUGUUCUUGCCAGUGUUAACAUAUCUCAUGAGUCUAUUAAAGGGAAGCCUGUGUGUUUAGUCUAAUCAAACACAAAGCAA